AUGGUGGUGUCGUCCAACUCCAAGAAGGUGUGCGUGGUCGGCGCCGGCGUUGCGGGGUUGGCAGCUGCCCGCGAGCUGCUCCAAGAGGGCCACGACGUGACGGUCAUGGAGCAGAGCGCCGGCGUCGGCGGGCAGUGGCUGUACGACCCCGCGACCGACGCCGGCGACCCCCUCGGCACGGCCGGCGCGCACAGCAGCAUCUACGCCUCCCUCCGGCUCAACACCCCCAGGGAGGUCGUCGGCUUCUCGGGCUUCCCCUUCUAUCCCAAGGACAACGGCGGCGGCGAUGCCCGGCGCUACCCGGGACACGGCGAGUUCCUGAGGUACAUCAGGGACUUCUGCGACGCGUUCGGGUUCAUGGACGCCGUCAGACUCAGCACCAGGGUCCUGCACGUCGGCCCGGCGCCGCGCGACGGCGGCAUCGUCCUGCGGUGGGUGGUGAGGUGCGUCAAGCAAGGUGAUUGUGGCGAGGUGGUAACGACGACGGAGGAGGUGUUCGACGCCGUCGUCGUCGCCGUCGGCCAGUACACGCAGCCAAGGCUCCCGACCAUCAACCUUCACCUGCACCCCGAGAUCGAUUGCUUGUGCGAGGACGGGCGGGUGGUCUUCUCCGACGGCUUCGUCGUCGUCGCCGACGCCAUCAUCUACUGCUCGGGACUCUGGCUCCUGGCACUUGCAGCGCUCGGCAAGGCAGGUGCGCUGUUCCUCGACCUGGAGUGGCCUCCCGAUCCGGCGACGUAUUACCCGCCGGGGAGAGUCAUCGCCGUCGACCUCGGCAACACCAACUCCUGCGUCGCCGGCUACGGGGGCGGCGGCCAAACCCAGACCAUGUUCCAGCUCUGCAUCCCAUCCUGGGUCGCCUUCGCCGACGACGGCGCCGUCCUCGUCGGCGAGGACGCCAGGAACCACGCCGCCGUCAAUCCCCAAGCCGCCAUCUCCGGCUUCAAGCGCCUCCUCGGCAAAAGAUUGACACGCGUUUUUGAGCGGGAGUUCGCUGAGAGAGUCAAGGAGAAUCUGCCGUACAAGAUUGAUGUGGACAAGGACGUGUGGCCUCACAUCCAGGUGACGACUUCGGACGGCGCGGUCAGGCUCUUGGGCGUCGAGAAGCUCACGGCCAUGGUGGUCGCCAAGCUCAAGGAGACGGCGGAGGCGUACCUCGGCCACCGCGUCGAGGCCGCCAUCCUCACCCUCCCGCAGGCGUUCAGCGACUACGCGUCCAGGGACGCGGCGUUCUUCGCCGGGAGGCUUGCCGGCUUGGAGGCCAUGAGAGUGCUCAGCGAGCCCGCCGCGGCAGCCAACGCCUACGCCGUCGACGAGCAUCUGCGCGAGGAGGGCAACGUCGUCGUCCUGCACGUCGGCGGCGGCACGGCCGAGGCGAGCGUCCUGACGCUCGUCGACGGCGCGUACGAGGCCCUGGGACUGGAAUACGACCCGUUCUUCGGAGGGCAGGACUUGGACCGGAGGAUCGUGGACCACUUCGUCGGGCUCGUCAGGAACAAGCACGGAAAGGACAUCAGCAACGACGGCGCCGCCAUGGAUAAGCUGAGGACGGCGUGCGAGCGUGCCAAGAAGACACUGAGCCACCAGGACGACGCCCGGGUCACCGUCGAAUCGCUCGUCGACGGCGUGGAUCUGGCGGAGCCGCUGACCCGGGCCGAGUUUGAGGAGCUGAACCAUGAUCUGUUCCUCAAAGUUGUGGAGCUGGUGGAUAAGGCGGUGUCGCAAGCUCGAGAUUAUUACAUGGACAGUGAUGAGCUGGUGAUCGAUGAGGUUGUUCUAUGAUUUGCUACCUGGAAGAUGGUGACCGACAGUUGUCAUAAUUUUGCUACUUUCUUAUUCUAUGUAUCCUGCUCAAUGGCAUUAGAUGGAUAAUAUUCAAUUAUGAUGUUUGUCAAUGUCUGUCCGUUUUUUAUGGAUCAGAAUGAUGCUAAAUCUGCUUACAACAUGUUGGAUCCUCUUGUCGUUCAUUUCAUAGCA